AGACAAGUGGGAAAAAGUGCGUUUGGUGCCCUUUGGACCACAGUUCGGUCUUAAAUCCAGCGAAGCGGCAAGCGACGGACCGUUUCUGCGCUCGACGCUUUCCGACCGCGUUUCCCGAGGCUCGGCCGGUCACGUGAUGGGGGCGUUUUGCGUCACCACGUCACGCGUCGCUGUUUGAAGCCGCACCGGCGGGCGCCAUUUGCUCUUUUCCCCCCCGUUCGUCUCGGCGCCGGUUCCCUGGAGCUCAGCGCAGACAUGGCCGAGGGAGAACCUCAGGUGCAGUUCAAGCUGGUGUUGGUGGGCGAUGGCGGUACGGGGAAGACCACCUUUGUCAAGAGACACCUGACAGGGGAGUUUGAGAAGAAAUACGUCGCCACUCUGGGCGUGGAGGUUCACCCGCUCGUCUUCCACACCAACAGAGGUGCCAUCAAGUUCAAUGUGUGGGACACAGCGGGACAGGAGAAGUUUGGUGGCCUGCGGGACGGCUACUACAUACAGGCCCAGUGCGCCAUCAUCAUGUUUGACGUGACGUCACGUGUCACCUACAAGAACGUGCCCAACUGGCACCGCGACCUGGUGCGUGUCUGCGAGAACAUUCCCAUCGUGCUCUGCGGCAACAAGGUGGACAUUAAGGACCGCAAGGUCAAGGCCAAGAGCAUCGUCUUCCACCGCAAGAAGAACCUGCAGUACUACGACAUCUCGGCGAAGAGCAACUACAACUUUGAGAAGCCCUUCCUGUGGCUCGCCAGGAAGCUCAUUGGUGACCCCAACCUUGAGUUUGUGGCCAUGCCAGCACUGGCGCCCCCCGAGGUAGCCAUGGACCCGUCGCUGGCAGCGCAAUACGAACACGACCUCAAGGUGGCCUCAGAAACUGCGCUCCCAGACGAGGACGACGACCUCUGACCUGCGCUCUGUCGGCCUGUCAUCGGUGCAGCUGCGUACGCGGUCCGGGGUGGGGUGGGGUGGGGGGUUGGGGGCACCAUCUGCUGUAAGGACCACCUGCAAAUUAUUAUUGUUUACACUUUUGUGUUUUGCCUGAAAGUAUUUCUUGUUGCACAGCCACUCACUCACACUGAGUGAAAGGUGAUACAUAUAUGAUACAUAUGAAUAUAUGAUACAGGAAAUCUGAAUAAAAAGUGCAUUUAAUCUU